UGAUUAUCUUCCUUUAGACUUCGAGCCAUAAGGGUUUUCUGUCCUCCAGUGCUCGCUAUUUGCCAAUAAUGUCAGGUUCCAACCCCCUGGCGAGGUUCUCGAAAAGAUCCCGAGCUAGCGAUACUGCACAAGAUACUAUGAUUCGCACCGAUCGAGAGCAAGUCAAACGACGUCGUACCUCCCGAAGCAAGAACGAGAUUAAAAAAAGCUUGGAGACAACUUCGCCCAGAGAAAAAGACGGCCGCUAUCAGGCAGCUCAAGUCGCCAAUGAUCCUCUGCCGCACAGUACCGAUCAAGUCAAGAAUGGAGUAUCUGAAACUUGGUCUUUAUCCACAACAGUCGCGGGACAGUUUACCAACAUAGAUCCAAUUCUCACUCGCGAUGAAGAGUACCUUUUCGUCGGACUUGAGGCAGCCGUGCAUAUCUAUUCUGUUGCAACCUCUUGUCUGGUUCGCACACUACAAUUGAAGCCCAACCAAAGCGUCAUUGGCUACAGUCUUUCCUCGACCAACCAGGAGCAUCUCUACAUAAUCACCUCCGCUGGUUCUGUUAGCAAGUGGGAUUGGCUAUCUGGCAAACAAGUCUCACAUUGGACCACGGGUCGCAAAUUGAUCUCUGCUGGCCUUUCUUUUCAUGCUCGUGAAGAUGGCCCGGUUCUUUCCCUGCUGGCUUUGCGAGAAUCCAAGGCUGGGAAAAGGGAGAUAGUUGUCACUUACUUAAGUGAGAAAACACUUCACGAAAUUGUUAUCCUCGAAACAAGCACCCGGCUUGACCAGAUAAAGUGUACUUUGGAUGGCCGAGCUGUUAUUGCAUACGGUGGUCAGCAUAUUUUCAUUGGAACUGAAUGUCUCAGCCAAGGCAACCUGGAACUCAAGCAUUAUACCUGGAAAGAGGUGGUAUCACCUGUCAGCAUUAGUUCUGCUGAUAUUAGGAAUUCUGCGGCAUCGCCUCGAGCUGAAGUGCAAAGUUCGGGUAGUAAAGGUGCUACUAGUAUUGACCUAGCUCUGGGCAGCUCGGACGGGUCUAUUUUGGUUUAUCACGACAUUCUAGGUCUUGUUGGGCAAGAGGAGCACCAUGAAAACGCGAAGACCGGGACUCCUAGACGCCUCCAUUGGCAUAGGGACGUUGUCAAUGUAGUUCGUUGGUCCAGGGAUGGUAACUAUAUCAUCUCAGGAGGUCAUGAAUCUGUUAUGGUAUUAUGGCAAUUGGAUACAGGGCGAAAGCAGUUUCUUCCCCACCUUUCCUCUCCAAUCUGCAACAUAGUGGUCUCUUCGACCGGCAAUUCCUAUGUCAUCAAGUUAGCCGAUAAUUCUAUCAUAGUCUUAUCAGCGAGGGAGUUGCAACCUUUUGCUACUAUAACCGGCUUGCAGUCGUACUCACAAAUGAACAAGUCCAAAACACGGAUAAAUUUAUCACGCGUACCAGCUACAGCAAUAUUGCAUCCACAAUAUCCUGACCGGCUUUUGGUAACCGUGCCGGCCUCUCGUCAAACUACCCAUGAAGGCCACCGCCCAGCAAAUUCUUGUGUUCUCCAGACAUACGAUAUUCGCUCAAAUCAUCAUAUUUCUCGUCAGGCUCUUGCGCGCACUAACGUGACAACUUUGAAAGUUAACCCCGAAGGCUUGCAGAUAGUUGCACCAAAUGUCACCCAUCUAGGUAUAUCUCAAGAUGGGGAGUGGAUGACUACGGUUGACGAAUGGAGUCCAUACCCUCACGAUGUUGAGGCUCUUGAUUCCAACGGGGUUUGUAUUGACAGCAUUGGUGCGAACCAUCAGGAAAUAUUCUUGAAGUUCUGGAGAUGGAGUAACUCGUCUGGCAUGUGGGAACUUGUCACGCGGAUCGAUGGACCUCAUUUUUCGGACAAGGGCUCGGUCCCGAUCUUAGAUCUUGCAUCUCGACCACUCAGCCAUGAAUUUGCAACAAUCGGCAGGGAUGCCGUUUUGCGCUUCUGGUGUCCAAGCAGUAGACAGCGCAGUGGCUUGAAUAUGAAUCAUGGCGAAGUGCCGCUCAAGAAUUGGAAAUGUCGGAGUACUAUCGACCUAAAAGGAUACGUUAACGGCGACAAUACCGGGAAUUUGAGCGCGGCCUCCAUAACCUUCUCGCAAGAUGGUUCCGUUCUUGCUGUAUGCUUACAAUCAAUGCAUCCUGGAAACUCGGGGCUUACCAUCCUUGUUGAUGUUCAAAGCUCAAUUGUCCAUUACACUCGAGUUGGGGUAUAUCCAGGGGAUCCCUGUGUGGCGAGAUUCCUAGGGUGCUAUCUUAUUGUCCUGUCAACGCAUUCUAUUUCUAUCUGGGAUACAGUUGAUGAUAUAGUAAGGACAAUGGGCUCCGUGCAGGAGGCUGAUUGCUCUCUAAGUGAUAAAGCACACCGGCUCUUAGCAGUGGAUCCCAAUACACAAACUUUCGCUAUUACCCUGCAACAUCCACAGAGCCCUCUCGCUACCAGAAAGGGACACAAGUACUUUGUGCAGGUGUAUGAUGUGCACUCGGUAUCCUUGCUUGGUCAAAUGCCUCUGGGGGGAUGCCCUGAUGCUUUGCUUCCUGAUUCACGAGCAGGUGAGUAUAUUGUCGUGGAUGCAGCAGCAAACGUACGAAGACUUGGUAGCAUCAAUAAGAGCUCCCAGGCUGCUCCAUCCCAAGACUGGAUCGCCGAAGCCAACUCUGGAAUAGCGGAGUUACUCGGAAGCCAUGUGCAUGGUCACAAAGACCAAAAUCCUUCCCAAGUGCUCGUUAAUAUGGGUGACAUGGAGAAACCCCUCUCGCAAAGCAAGAAACUGGCUGGGAUUUUUGGUGAAUCACCAUUUGUUUUGCCUUCUGCUAGUAUAUUAUUCCAGGAUGUUGUGCAGGCUCUCACUGCAUAGCCAUCAAUUUUGUUCGAAGUUGAGUUGACUUGAAAUACUGCGCGAUUUUUACUGGUAUUGGCCUAGACUUUGUAUGCAAAUUCUCAUUCAUGGCACUCUAUUAGCUUCCGAAGGAAGAAAACUGAGAGCGAGUGAUUUCUUGUCGAAGGGUAAUUACUUCGGUAGGAAUGAGGUACUUGUGGCGAAGCUUUAU